AUCUGGCGCUCCGGUUUGCUGGCGGAGAAGAUGGCGGCUCCUGGACCGGGGGAGUAUUUCAGUGUCGGGAGCCAUGUCUCUUGCCUCACCUGCUUGGGGCAACAAUUGCAAGGAGAAGUCGUGGCCUUUGACUACCAGUCCAAGAUGCUGACUUUGAAAUGUGCUCCCUCCAGUGGAAAGGCAAACGUCAGCGACGUGAUUCUGAUUAACCUAGCUUACGUGUCAGAGGUGGACGUCAUAAGUGACCGCACUGAAACUCCUCCUCCUCUAGCAUCUCUGAAUGUCAGCAAGCUUGCCAACAGGGCACGGUCGGAAAAGGAAGACAAGUUAUCCCAAGCAUAUGCAAUUAGCGCUGGAGUCUCUGUGGAGGGACAACAGCUAUUCCAGACUAUACAUAAAACCAUCAAAGACUGCAAAUGGCAGGAGAAGAACAUCAUGGUGAUGGACGACGUGGUCAUUGCCCCUCCUUACCAAGUGGAGAAUUGCAAAGGCAAAGAGGGUAGCGCUUUAAGUCACGUACGCAAAAUAGUGGAGAAACAUUUUAGAGAUGUGGAGAGUCAGAAGUCAGUGCCGCGGCCUCAAGCACAGCAAACACAGAAAGACUCCACUUUAUCAUCUUGAGCCAGAAGUUCAGUCUGGCAAGGAGGCUGUGGGAGGGGGGGGGUGGGUUGGGGGAUGUCACAACGUGAAAAGCAGUUUUGGUUUGUUGUUUUCUCUCCCCCUUCCCUCUCCCUUCAACAUCAGGCUGUGGUGUUCUCCUGCCUCUCCUACACCUUCAGCGGUGUUUGGUGUUUUAAACAGGACAAAAGGGGGCCCCAACUGCGAGGGAAAUGCCAGUAUCCAGUAAUAUUUUUUUUUUUUUUUUUUUUUUU